AUGUCUGAUUCCAAUACAAAAGCCAAGGAAUCUGAUGAAAUCGCCAAUCCCUCCUACUAUGAAAGUUGUAAAAAGGAAUUACAUGAUAUGCUUGGAAAGCGUCAUGACCUGGAGACUUCCUUGAUGGACAUUGAGGACUCCUUGUAUCAGCUAGAGGGAAACUAUCUUGAAAAAACAUCUGGGACAGGAAACAUAAUCCGUGGCUUCGAUGGAUUACUGAAAGCGACUGGAACAAAUUUACGGCGUCGCUCGGAAUAUGUAGAAUCAGAUCGCUUAUUUUCUCUGUCUUCUCUUACCAGUCCCAAUGCUCGUUCUGUGAAUUACGAUCUAGAUGACUCCACAGAAACAAGCAGGAGGAGAAAGCGUAAAUAUGAGGCAAAUGCAGCAGAUAAUCGCCGUCGGCUUUCUUUUCGUGAAAUGUAG